AUGCGUACCACUCCAACCCCUGUUGUCGUGGAUAGGGAUCGGCCAAACGGAAAACGACCUGGACUACCGAUCACCAUUUUCAAUAAACAGUUUAACGCUUUGCUUGACUCAGGUGCCGCCAUCUCCGCCAUUUCUGAAGAAAUAUUUGCGAACAUCAAACGAAGCAUUCCGGAAGGAGAAUGUUUAUCGACUUUACCAGUCACCGGAGUGACAAUAUCGACUGCUGUUCGAGGUCGUAGUCGAAAAGUUACAACACAGGUCCUCAUACCAUUUUCCGUUUCCGGGCAUAUCACUGAUUGCAUCUGCCUUGUUGUUCCUCACCUUGCAACCUCGAUCAUACUAGGAGAUGACUGGUUAACCCAGAAUAAAGUCUGUCUCGAUUACUCCACACGGAUGUCAUCUUUCCCAAGAUGGGGUCUUGAUGUACCCUUUUCGGCUACUCAAGAAGAAUUAGUGAAUCCGAUAAAUGCGUUCUUCACUAUGUCGAUAUCCCCAGAAGACUAUGUUCGGACAGUCUCCGAACAUUGUAUAUCUAGUGUUGAAAUGAUAUAUCAACAACUGCACUCACCGAACAGUCACAAUGUCGUAGCUAGUCUACAGAUUAUACCAAACACUGAUCUAGAACCAUUCGGCAACAUAACGGACCAUCUCUCAUCCGUUAUAGCCCCCUCUCCCGAACAAUUUGAGAAAAUGUUGGACCUUUUUCAUGAGUAUCAUCAAAUUUUUCGGACACGACCCGGUUUGAAUUCAUUAUACACCUGUCGUUUCAACACCACAGAAGAUGUACCAUUCAAAAUACGUCCCUAUCCAGUGCCUUUCGCUCGUCGUCCAGCCGUUCAAAAAGAACUAGCCCGUAUGUUGAACUGGGGGGUGAUUGAGAGGUGUUCAUCACCCUACAGUAAUCCAAUUGUAUGUGUUGGUAAAGCAGAUGGCACAGUCCGGCUCUGUCUCGAUGCUCGGAGAGUGAACAAGAUUAUCUUACCGAUGCGUGAUUCAUCGCCCCCACUCGAUGAGCUACUUGCUCGUUUUGGUGGAAAAGCGAUGUUUUCCAGUCUCGAUUUCACAGCUGGAUAUUGGCAGGUUUCGUUACAUCGCGAUGUUAGGAAGUACACUGCUUUUGUGUAUGAUGGUCGAACGUACCAGUUCUGUGUAGUACCAUUUGGCCUCAAUAUCUCGAAUACCGCGUUCCAGCAGGCUUUGGAAUCGGUGCUCUCCAAUCAAACAGAAGUUGACGUAGAUGAAGCGCUCGAUGACCUUCACAUAUACGUCGAUGAUGUGCUCGUGUCUUCGACGUCAUUUAAUGACCACCUAUGUCGCCUUCGACUUUUAUUCAAAAAGAUUGCUGUCUCUGGAAUGACUUUAAAAUUCAGCAAAUGUAAAUUUUUCCGGGACAAAAUCAAGUUCUUGGGCCACAUCAUCACACCUUCAGGAAUGUCCAUGGACCCUUCCAAACUCCAAGCUGUUCACGAUUUUCCAGUGCCACGCAACAAAAAGGACCUUCAGUCGUUCAUAGGGUUCUGCAAUUUUUAUAGGAAAUUCGCCGACCAUCACGCGUCGCUUAUUGGUCCACUCAUUAACCUUUUGAAAAAGGGGGUUCCGUGGCAGUUCACAGAAAACGAUCUAUCCAAUUUUAAUUCUGUCAAAUCAGCAUUUACCGAACGUUUCCUUGCUCACCCUGAUUUCAACUCUGACUUUUAUCUACAAACUGAUGCAAGUAACCUCGGACUCGGAGCUGAAUUGUUUCAAAUCAAUACUUCCUCUGAGAGACAAACGAUUGGGUUUGCGAGUCGAACGUUGAACUCCGCAGAAGAAAAUUACACUGUAACUGAGCUAGAGCUCUUAUCUAUAGUUUUUGCGUGUAAUAAGUUCCGGGUGUUCAUUCUUGGUUACCCCAUUCAUGUGUUGACUGACCAUCAAGCACUUACAUUUUUGUUCCGGUGUAGGCUUCGAAAUGCACGCCUUACUCGUUGGACGCUUGUGCUUCAAGAAUUUGAUCUGAGGAUUCGACAUAUCAGCGGUCCUAGUAAUAUAACCGAUGUUCUAUCUCGCAAUCCUAUCGGCCGUGAUGCAACCGCUGGGCAGUAUCGUUCACCGUACAUUUUCAUAACCACUCCCAGUAAGUUGUUUUCUGAGCAUCAAUCCCAUAUUCAAGCUUUCAAUCAUAUAUUGUCCGAACAACGAAGGGACGAAAGGAUCCGGAAAGUUAUUGACGUUUUAUCUGGAAGUUCGUGGGUGUUGACCGCAAUCACAGCGCGUUACUGCAUGUAUAGGGACAUCUUAUUCUAUCGCCGACACCUCUCCUCCGAUAAGUGGUUAGUCUGCGUCCCUCUGCAUCGAGUUGAUGAACUUAUUACCAAGUUUCAUAUACACUUCGGACAUGUCGGUCCGAAGAAAUGCAUUUCAGCAAUCCGGGAUGUGUGUUUCUUUCGUGGUCUGAGUGGGAACGUCCGCAGGAUUGUCAAAAGUUGUGACCUCUGCCAACGUGCGAAGUUUUCGACAGUACGGACAGAGGGCGAAAUGCAAAAUGUGUUAGCCACCGCACCUCUUCAACGUGUCUGUGUUGAUCUCUAUGGUCCCUUACCAUCUGGGUGGAACCAUGUAAAAUAUAUUUUUGUCGUCCUCGAUUGUUUCUCACGGUUCGUUAGAUUGUUCCCAAUAAAACGAUCUACCGCCGUUGUCGUGACUAAUCGUAUGAUUAACGAUUAUGUGGCCAUCCACGGUACUCCAAAGACUGUUGUCUCCGACCAUGGCGUCCAGUUUGUCAGCCGAGUAUGGCAGGCUCGUCUUACAGCCAUUGGCGCGUCUGUAACUACUACUAGUGUGUAUCAUCCCCAAAGUAACCCGGCUGAGAGGGUUAUGCGAGAAUUAGGUAGACUUUUUCGGACCUAUUGUCACCAGAAUCAUACUGAAUGGCCCCGUUAUGUCAAAUAUAUUGAGUGGGUUCUGAAUCAUACUGUGCAUGAGGCCACUGGUUUUACCCCUAGUGAGAUUUUUCUAAAAGAAGAUCGAUAUAGUCCGAUUUAUGAAGCCGUAGAGUGCCCCCCAAAACCCGCUGAUGACUAUACAGUCAAGUUAACCAUGGCCGCCGAGGUUCAACGAACCAAAGCUGAAGAACGCCGCAUUCGCCAUGAUCGUCAGGGGAAACCCACAAAAUUUUCUAUAGGAGAUGAAGUCCUAGUUCGUACCCAUCACUCCUCCUCAGCUGUUGACCGACAGAUUAAAAAAUUUUUCAUGUUGUAUGAAGGUCCAUACAAUAUUAUCGAAGUAAAAAACCAUAACGCGUAUGUGUUAAACGACCCUGUAACGAAUCAGGUACGAGGAACAUUUAACGUGAUCUUCCUCCGAAAGUAUGUCCGUCUGAAAACCACAAUAGCACAAUAA